AUGCUUCCCUUUCUUGAGGUGAGCAAUCUUGCUGCCUCGUCCUCCUUUUAUUCUACAGUCACCCACCCGCUGGGCCUGCGGUACAUCUCUGUAGCUAGUCCUUCCCCCGACCUGUUGGGCUCUCCAUCCAUCGUCUACGGCAUAGCCACCUCGCCCCCGGUGCCGAUAUUCGAGCUGCGUCAGGUGAGGCCAACUGCCGACCGGCCUCUUAGGCUCUCACGCGUUGUCUUUUCCGCGUCCUCUCCGGGAGCUGUCCGGGACUUCCGGGCGCUGGUCCAGAGGAUCAAGGGAGUGGACUCGGGCGCCAUAGGGUUCGGCGACCACCCUGAGCUUGAGGAACAGGCAUUUGGGGCAGAGCUUGUGCAGCAGUCCAACGGCUGCCCCGGUCCUGCCGAGACGGAUCUCGACGGCAACAUCAUCAAGAUGGAGGUCGUGUACGUGCCUCCGGUGCAGGACUAUCCGGAAUGGUACGAUGGUCCGACCGUCAGGAAGACCCAAUCAACCCAGAGCGAGGCCAGUCGCAUCCUUCACUGGAACUACGACGUUGCCGCAGAUUCCGCCGCCAGCAUGUCGUUCGCACCCUUCGCGCCGGCCUCGCCAAGCUUGGUGUCACCCAGGCAGCCCGGCCGCUACGAGGAGCGUCCUUCCCUCCUCCGCCGCAGUGUCACCACCACAACCACCUUGCUUGAACCGACGGACCCGGCGGAGUCGUCAUCACAGUCGCCAUCACAGAGCUCCCACGGUCUUAGCGCUCACGGCAUCCAGGUCGUCCAAGCACCCUCCCUCAGUCCGUCGCAGCAGUACCUACGACGGCCCCGUGGUCGACAGCUACAGCUGUGUCUCGGCGGGCAGCUAUCGCACACAGAGCACUAUUCGCCCGCCGCCAGCACCGCAGCCCCAGAACGUGUCCCGGCCGCUGUCCAAGGCGCCGUCCAAGGCGCCGUCCAAGGCACAGUCCAAGGCGACGGGCCCAGCGAGCAGUCGAGGGUCCGCGGUAACGGCAUGGCCGUCAGGGAGGGCUGA